AGUGACCGCAUCCCAUUAUUCGGCCAAGAUCCGGGUUGAUCGGAACGAACGGCUAACCGGGUGAGAUGAAAUGCUCUAUAAUGUACCAUUCUGAGGCCAUCCUCCUACGCAUUUGUGGAUUUGGCGACUACUCAAACUUCUUGAAGCAUAUCAGGGACCCCCCUCUCUCAAGAUGCUAUGGACUUUGUCACGAGCCAGUAGGCUGCUGAGACCGAGCUGUACAAAGUCUUUGCCUGGGCCUGUCCUCCGAACUGCCCCCUUGUCGCGAAACCUGCAAACCACUUCUACCGCUUCUCCACCUCCUCAUGCGUAUCUCGAACCGCUCGACUUGAAGAAUCAUGAAAAGCCCGAAGAACUGGAAGGAGCCAUGUGCCUCGUUAUGAAUAGAGAGAAAGCCAGGAACGCUUUAAGCGUUCAAAUGGUUCAUGAGAUGCGAGAGGGAAUAGCGAAAGUGAAUGCUUCGACGAGUGCUCGACUUCUACUCCUUCACACACCGUUUACUGGGAUGUUCUGCGCCGGUGCAGAUCUACGAGAACGAGCUACCAUGUCACAAACUCAAGUAUCAGAUUUCCUGAACGCUCUACGAAGUAUGAUGCAAGAGCUGGAAGGGUUAUCCGUUCCAACCAUCAGUGUGGUAGAUGGAUUCGCCAUGGGAGGAGGGACAGAAUUGGCUCUCAGCUGUGAUCUAAGGGUCGGGGGUCCAAAAACUACCAUGGCCCUCCCGGAGACUAAACUCGGAAUCAUCCCUGGAGCAGGAGGAACCCAACGAUUGACCCGACUUGUCGGUGUAGCCAAAGCGAAAGAAUUGAUAUAUACAGGAAGGAGAAUAGAAGGGAUAGAAGCGGAGAGAAUAGGUCUCGUCAACCUGCUGGCUAGGGAACCUAGUUCCGCUUGGGAUGCGGCUUUGGCACUUUCAAGGCAGAUCCUCACAUCGGCUCCCCUCGCACUGCGUGCUGCCAAGAUGGCCAUAGAUUCCGCUGUGGAUCUCCCAUUAGAACAAGGUCUCGAUAUGGAGAGGAAAGCCUAUGCCACAUUGUUAGAUUCCGAAGAUAGAAAGGAAGGUCUGAGGGCAUUCGCAGAGAAGAGGCGGGCAAAGUUCCAGGGGAAGUGAAAAGGAAGGAUUAGAUGUCGACA